ACGAGUACACAGCGGCUUGAACUGAUUUUUUAAUUAUAUUUAAGAUUUUUAAUAUUUUAAUAUUAUAAUAUUACAAAGAAUUAGGAAAUUUAAUAAUAUUACAUAGUGAAGUUCUAUUUUAUUUGUACAAUUAAUUUAUAUCAACUGUACGAAAAUGAAAAAUUCCGACGAUAUACAAAAGCACUCGGUGCAUACUUUAGUAUUUAGAUCUUUAAAAAGAACUCACGAUAUGUUUGUGAAUAAUCAAGGAAUGUUACCUCCAUUUGAUCCUGAAAUAGAUAAAUUUAUUAAAAAUAUAAAAGCCAGAGAUACUUAUGGUCCAAUUGUUGAUAGAGUGAAAAAUAUGAAAAUGAUGAAAGCACAAAGCGAGAAUGAUAAUCCUGAUCCUCCUCCGCCUGGAGAUGAAUCAUUUAAUGCAGUGGUACCUCAACAAAAUUCAAUGUCCAAUUCACUGGUACCAGUUACGCAAAAUAACUCGAGUGCUGCUUUGGCAAUUCCACAAAAGAAGGCACCUUCAAUGGCAAAACCAAAAUGGCACGCACCUUGGAAAUUGUAUCGCGUUAUAUCUGGUCAUUUAGGUUGGGUAAGAUGCUGUGCAGUCGAACCAGGAAACGAAUGGUUCGCCACUGGAUCCGCAGACAGAGUAAUCAAGAUUUGGGAUUUGGCAUCGGGAAAAUUAAAGGUAUCAUUGACGGGUCAUGUAAGUUCUGUGAGAGGUCUACAAUUUUCCGACAGACAUCCUUAUUUAUUUUCCUGUGGCGAAGAUCGACAAGUAAAAUGUUGGGAUUUAGAGUACAACAAGGUGAUUAGACACUAUCACGGUCAUUUAUCCGCUGUUUAUUCAAUGGCUCUUCAUCCCACACUUGAUAUUUUAUUGACUGCUGGUCGCGAUGCAACAGCAAGAGUUUGGGACAUGAGAUCGAAAGUUAAUAUUCAUACAUUAACGGGACACACAAAUACAGUUUCAAGUGUUAUUUGUUCUCAAUACGAACCACAGGUUAUUACCGGUAGUCAUGAUCAGACAAUAAGAUUAUGGGACUUGGCUGCUGGAAAAUCUCGAGCUACUCUCACCAAUCAUAAAAAGAGCGUUAGAGCUGUUGCCCAUCAUCCUGGAUUAUACGCCUUUGCCAGUGCUUCUCCUGACAAUAUUAAACAAUGGAAAUGUCCAGAUGGUAAAUUUAUACAAAAUUUAUCAGGACACAAUGCAAUUGUUAAUUGUUUAGCAAUUAAUCAAGAAGGCGUUCUUGUUUCUGGCGCUGAUAACGGGACAAUUCAUUUUUGGGAUUGGAGAACAGGUUAUAAUUUCCAACGAUUACAAUCACCAGUGCAACCAGGUUCAAUGGACAAUGAGGCUGGAAUUUUCAGUCUUACUUUCGAUAAAUCAGGCACAAGAUUAAUUACAACCGAGGCUGAUAAAACCGUUAAAAUGUACAAAGAAGAUGACACAGCGUCUGAGGAAACACAUCCAGUUAAUUGGCGACCAGAAAUUAUUAAGCGAAGAAAAUACUAAUAACUAUAAAUAUAUUUAUAAUUAUAAUAAAUUAGUUAAUUAAUUUAAGAUAUUUGAUUAAUUUUCGUAUUACUUUUGUAAUAGGAAAAAACAAUU